CCCUUCCCCUCUCUCUUCUUUUCUCUCUCUCCUCCUCUCCCCCUCCCCCCCCCCCUCCCCUCCCCUCUCCCCAAAGUACGAACCUCCUCCUCUCCGUACAACCAUUGAUCGAUCUUUCGACAUCGACUUCUAAGAAACCACCACGAUGCCCGCUCCUUCCACCACUCUCCUCAUUGAGGGCUCGUUCACCGAACUCGCCGAUGAGUUCGCCCAGUACAUCGAUGCUCUUCGCAAGCCCGACGCCGCCGCGUCCAGUCUCCAGGCCGACAUCGCCCCACUGUUGGAACCUCUGCGCCAGCAGGAACAGUCUGGUACCGAACCUGAUCGCAAGCAGCGCGAUGAGGUUCUGAAGAAGCUGGUCUCCGCCGCUGCCGUCCUGAAUGCGGCCCCCGAGAAGGAGAUCAUCUCCGCCUACAACCUCCUCGUCCACCUUGUUCACCAGGCCUCCGAUCCGGACAUGUUCCUCUCCCGCAUCUGCUCCUACCUCGCCAAACCCAUUACCGCCUCUCCCCAGUUCGGUCCCUCCCUGGCCAUCUCCAUCUUGUCCACCAUCUUCAACACCCUCGCUCCCACCGAUUCCAGCCGCUACCACGUUCUUCUGGCCAUCGUUGCCGUCAUCCGCCAGGCCGGUGCCUCGGUCGCAUUCGACGCCCUCAAGCCCCAGCUGACCUCCCAGCUGCCUGCUUGGCUCGCCGCUUGGGAGCUCGAGGCUGAGGAGGCCCAGCGCCUCCACCUCGCCAUCGCCGAUGCCGCUCAAGCUGCCGGUGACGCCGAGCUUUCCCAGUCCCAUGUCGUCCAAGCCCUGCAGACUAUUCCCGCAGCCCAGGCCUCCAGUUCCGAAGCCCGCGAUCUGGCCGUUCGUGCCCUGACUUCUGCGCUCACCUCUCCCGCCGUCUUUGACUUCACUCCGUUGACCGCUUCCGACGCCGUUCAGGCCCUGCGCGCCAGCGACAGCACCCUCUUCGAGCUGCUUGAGAUCUUCACCGCCGACACCCUUGACGCUUACGAGGCCCUGAUUGCCACCAGCCCUCUGACUGGUAUCUCAGGUGGUGUGCUGGCCGAGGCCGGCGAUGCUCUGCAGACCAAGAUGCGCCUGCUCACCCUGGCCUCGCUGGCCGCUACUACCCCCUCCCGCUCUCUGCCCUAUGCCACAAUCGCCAGUGCUCUGCGGGUGUCGGACGACGAUGUCGAGAAGUGGGUCAUUGACACCAUCCGUGCUGGUCUCGUCGAGGGUAAGCUUUCGCAGCUGCGCUCCGAGUUCCUUGUCCACCGCGCCACUUACCGCGUCUUCGGUGAGAAGCAGUGGGCUGAGGUGCAAGGUCGCCUGAUGGUCUGGCGCCGUAGCCUGGAACGCGUUUUGGGUGUUGUCCGUUCCGAACGUGAGCGCUUCGUGCGCGAGGGGCUGCAGGCGGCCCAGGCGGCUGAGGAGGCUGCUCAGGGCAAGUCCUCCGAUAAGGGCAAGUCGGGUGACCGUCGUCGCCAGCAGGGUAACAACAACAACAACAACAACAACAACCAGAACCAGUCUUCGACUCCGGCCGCUCCUGUCGCCAGUGCCCCCGUGGAAGCUGUGGCUGAAUAACUGAUGAAAGGACGGAAAUGCGGGGAAGGAUCAAUGACUGAUGAUGAGACCUACAUACCUUGUUUUUUUGUCUUUCGACCUACUAUCUACCAGAUACCACACCCUUCAAACCGCGCAGACGGAGCUAGGGACGAGCUAG